AUGCGCUGCCUGGCUCUGCUCGCGACCCUCGGCUCCCUCACAGCCGUGCUGUGCCGGAACCAGGAGGAGAAGUUGCUCAAUGCCCUGAUGACCAACUACAACCGCAACCUGCGCCCGGCCCAGGGGGAGGGCGACAUCAUUAACGUCACGCUGAAGCUGACCCUCACCAAUCUCAUCUCCCUGAACGAGCGGGAAGAGACCCUCACCACCAACAUCUGGAUUGAGAUGAAAUGGUGCGAUUAUCGGCUGCAGUGGGAUCCUGACGAAUACGACAACAUCCAGAUACUGAGGGUGCCCUCCACCGAGGUGUGGCUGCCGGACAUCGUCCUGGAGAACAACAUCGACGGGGUGUUUGAGAUCACCCUGUACUGCAACACGCUGCUGGAAUCCAAUGGCUGCCUCCUGUGGAUGCCCCCCGCCAUCUACCGCACCUCCUGCGCCAUCUUUGUCACCUACUUCCCCUUCGACUGGCAGAACUGCUCCAUGGUGUUCCAGUCCCAGACCUACAGCGCCAAUGAAAUUAACCUGCUGCUAACGGAGGAAGAUGGGCAGACCAUUGAGUGGAUCGUCAUCGACCCCGAAGCUUUCACAGAGAACGGGGAGUGGGCGAUCAAGCACCGGCCAGCCAAGAAGAUCGUGAACGCCGAGCGCUUCACCCCGGACGACUUGGGUUACCAGCAGGUCGUCUUCUACCUGAUCAUCCAGAGGAAACCGCUCUUCUACGUCAUCAACAUCAUAGUGCCCUGCGUGCUCAUCUCCUCCGUGGCCGUGGUGGUGUAUUUCCUGCCGGCUAAAGCGGGUGGCCAGAAGUGCACAGUCUCCAUAAACGUCCUCCUGGCCCAGACAGUCUUCCUCUUUCUGAUCGCACAGAAGGUGCCCGAGACCUCUGACGCCAUGCCGCUCAUUGGCAAGUACCUGACCUUUCUCCUGGUGGUGACAGUGGUGAUCGUGGCCAACGCCGUCAUCGUGCUGAACGUCUCGCUGAGGACACCCAACACGCACACUAUGUCGCAGAAAGUGCGGCAGAUCUGCCUGCGGCGGCUGCCCCACUUCCUGGGGAUGCACAUGCGCCGCAGCGACAUGGCCCCCGGCCCGCUGCUGGCACGGCGCCGUAGCUCCCUGGGGCUGAUGGUGAAGGCUGACGAGUACAUGCUGUGGAAGGCCCGGACCGAGCUGAUCUUUGAGAAGCAGAAGGAGAGGGCCGGGCUGAUGAAGGCUGUCCUGGAAAAGAUCGGGAGAGGCCUGGAAAACGGGUGCACCCAGGAUCUCUGUCACAGCUUGGUGCAGGCUGGUCCCGAGAUCCGGGCCUGCGUGGACGCCUGCAACCACAUUGCCAAGACGCUGCGGGAGCAGAACGACUUCGACAAUGAGAACGAGGAGUGGAUCCUGGUGGGGAGAGUCAUCGACCGUGUCUGCUUCUUGGUCAUGGCCUCGCUCUUCAUCCUGGGGACGGUCAGCAUCUUCCUGAUGGCCCAUUUCAACCAGGCGCCAGCAGCGCCCUUUCCCGGGGACCCCAAGCGCUACCUGCCGUAGCAACCCGCUUGGGGUGGGUGAGCCCAGGACGUCUGCACAAGAGCCUCCCCCCAUGGGCUCCAUGCCCGAAGGCACCGUGUCCCAGGCGGGGCUCACAGAGCUGCUGCAGGGCGGAGCCUGCGGCUGGAUCCUUCAGCUGGGGCUGCUUGUGGAAGCCGCAGAUGGAAAUGACCCGGACCACGGGGAGAGAUGGCAGCCAAACCAGAGAGUCCGGAGCCCUCCGUGCCUGCGCUGUGCCCAGCUGCGCCUCUUGCUUGCCUCGUUUACAUGUAAGGGGCAAGUGAGCUGAAGGGCGCUGGCUGAAUCUGGGCCCCCCCAAACACUGCAGCUGGCAGCUCUGGCACCCCAAGGGACAAGGAGCCUGUCUGCCCCCUGGGGAGCUACGUGGCCACAGCCCAGCGAGGGGAGUGGGGCAGGCUCGCAUGGGUUUGGCGGGAGAUCUCGGGCAGCCGCGUGUGUUUCAUGUGAG